AUGAUCAAUUUCAAUUUUGAAGAACUUGUCUGGUUUGUUCGGAUAAUUUUUGGUAGGUUCAGAGUUAAGAGAUCAGGCUCUUCUGAAAAAGUUUUAGUAUUAAUUGAUUUAGGAAGCCCAUCCGAAGCAUUGCCAGAAUUAGUUGAAGCUUCUUCAAUAUUAAUUGUAUUUGAAGGUCCUUAA